GUGCGCGCUUUUUGGCAGUCCUUUGCGUCAUACUCGCCCCGAGCCCGCCAACCGGGAUUUCCAGGCCGUUCGCCUUCGAUCCCCUUCCAUCUUGCCAAUCACUUAUCGUCUAUCAUCGCCCUUCGUCAUGUUCUCCACUGGUCGUCGAAGAAUACUCGAUGGACUCAAUCGGAGGUACAUCUACGGCCGUUUGCCAUUGCUUCACGCCAUAAUCUUUCUCAUCGAAAUGGCGGCUGCAAUGCGACUUGCCGCUAAGUUCAACUCUUACUAUGCGGAGAAACCAGUCUUAACCACCAUGGUCACCAAUGCGAUCCUUGGUGGGAUCGCAGACACGGUCGCACAGUUGAUCACGGCUUUCAAAGCGCGUGGAGGACGCCGACCCUCUGAUGGUAACGAUCUCAUCUCGAUUGAGAUCCACGACCUCGAUAAAGAGAAGCCGCCUGCUCUUGGAGAGCUCGGACAUGCUAGACAUCUGGCGCCGGCCUUCGAUUUUGAGCGUCUGACUCGCUUCAUGUCAUACGGUUUCUUCAUGGCCCCAAUUCAGUUCCAUUGGUUCGGUUUCUUGUCCAGGACGUUCCCCCUUACUAAGAGAAACCCGUCGAUUCCCGCACUCAAGAGAGUGUGCGUGGAUCAGCUGAUGUUCGCUCCUUUCGGUCUGGCGUGCUUCUUUUCCUUCAUGACGGUCGCCGAGGGAGGAGGUAGGAGAGCAUUGACUCGCAAGUUCCAGGACGUUUAUCUGCCAACCCUCAAGGCCAACUUUGUCCUGUGGCCCGCUGUUCAGAUCCUGAACUUCCGUGUCGUACCUAUCCAGUUCCAGAUUCCCUUUGUGUCCUCCGUCGGUAUCGCCUGGACUGCGUAUCUGUCAUUGACCAACUCUUCGGAGGACGAGUGAGGGUAGAAGCGGGCUCAUAUUUUGGCUCCCACAAGGUUCUCAAUCGUUUCUUCCCUCGUUUGUCUGUCAUUAUUUCUUCCCCUGCGUUGUUUCGUGCUUACUGGGCGCUGUAAAUGAGCUUUGGGGGUUCUGUUAUUCUUCCUCUCAUGGGUGGUGUAUAGGUCAUCUUCGUCCAGCAACGUGGGUACACCGGAGUCAAUUGCAUUGAUCGAUAAACCAUGUCGACAAAAGGAAUACACC